AACACGAGAGCGAAGAAGCAGAAGAAGAAGCAGCAGUGGUGUUUUCACCCUGGAGACUUCAUACUGACUCCUGACUUCUGUGAAAACGUGUGUAUUUAUUCAGUUUGAACACUGAGAGUUUAUUGUAUAAUUUUUCUUCUGAUCUUGAGAUCGUUUACUCAGGAUCUGUGUUUAGGUCUGGCUGGCUGAGCGCGCGGUUAUAUAGAGAGCCGGGUCUCUCUGUGUGUGUGAGUGUGUUAUCAGUGGGUCAGGGGUAAUGCUGUGUUGUUGGUAAAUGCGGGUGAGGUGAUGAGAGUGGGGGGCUGGUGAGUGAGACAGAGAGUGAGUAGGGGGUGAUAUGCUGAGACUGCCCAGUCUGUGCAGUAUUCUCCGCAGGACUCUGUGUGUCAGCGCUGAGGAAAUGGGGAAGAAAGGGCAGUUCUUCUACGCCGUGAGGAAAGGCCACAACCCCGGUGUGUACCACACAUGGGAUGAAUGCAAGUUCCAGGUGGAGAAGUUUCCCCGGGCUCAGUAUAAGAAGUUUGCCUCUGAAGAGGAUGCCUGGGCUUUUGUAGGGAACAAGGCACCAGAAUUACCUUCAACAACAACAGCAACAGCAACAGAAGGUUCCGAUGACACACAAGUGUCUACAAGUGUUCCAGUUGUUGCCAAAAGGCCCAUCGAGGAUGACAUUGAUGAUCAGUCACGUUUAAAAAGGUUUAAACAGUUUAAAGAGCCGGCUCAGCCAAAGACCUCAUCUUCAGCUAGCACUAAUGGAUUCACUUACAUGGGAGAUGCCAUUGUGGUGUAUACAGAUGGCUGCUGUUCACGCAAUGGAAAAACAGGCGCUCGUGCAGGGAUUGGAGUUUACUGGGGUCCUGAUCACCCUCUUAAUGUUGCUGAGAGGCUUCCAGGAAGACAGACAAACCAAAGAGCGGAACUGCAGGCUGCCUGUAAGGCACUGGAGCAAGCCAGAGACAUGGAUUUCAAAAAGAUUGUGCUCUACACAGACAGUAAAUUCACUAUAAAUGGAAUCACAAGCUGGGUGAAGAAAUGGAAAACCAACGGCUGGAAGUUAAAUACAGGUGGUGAGGUGGUCAAUAAAGACGACUUCCAAAAGCUUGACAGACUAAAUGGAGAGCUUGAGGUUGUAUGGUUGCAUAUUGCAGGCCAUGCUGGUUUUAAAGGAAAUGAGGAGGCAGAUAGACUCUCCAGAGAGGGAGCAGCAAUGGCUGAAUGUUAGCUCUGGAAUCUGAAGAAGCUGCUUUCUACUGGUUUAUGGGUCUGCAUCUCUUUAAAGCAAUUCAGCUUGUGAGAAAUUGGUCCAUAAUGGACAAUGAAAUGUAUGCGUCUUUUUUCCAAAUGUUCUUUUAAAGUCUUCAACACUUCUACAGGUUUUGCUCAAAUGAACGCAUAUAAGCUUUGUUUUUUGUGUUGUUAAAUAGGUUAUAUUUAUGCUACUGCAGCAUUUGAAAGAUAGCAGGUUGCCUACUUCUAAUUGUUUGACUGGGGUUGUGGAUAUGUAUAGCAGAUAAUUUGUAAGAACAAUUAGGUAAAUGUUAUUUUAUUAUUAAAUAAAUUGAUUAAUUGCUAAACUA